UUCCAUAUGACAUGAUCCGAUCUGUUUUUCCUCGUUUCGUGUGCCUUUGAUCUUCCUCAACCACGUUCUUUCCAGGUGUUCCCUUCCUCUCCCUCCUUGGCCGGCGUCGACGCAUCGGCACCACAAGCGUCUUUCUUUGGAUCCGGAUACAGCAGUGCUGAUUUCUUUUCGUCUCCACGCCCGGCGCCCCCUCGGAAUCGAUCGUAGAGACGCUUCGUCAUUCUCGCCUCUAAUUCAACCAGUGACCCCAGUUCAAGCACGUCAUCCGACGACUACGCCUAGUCUUGCUUUAAUUCGAAGUAUUUCCGGGAUUGAUCGAGCGAAACUUUGAGUGACGGCUGGCCUGUUACCAUUCAGUCAUUUCUGGUCCUGACGGCGCUGGACCCUGAGUCAGGAUGAAGUCACAUAUGCCAUCUCUAGCAGUAAUGCUGGGCGCUUUGUCGCUCGCCCAGGCUGCUGCAUACGAGAGGCGGCAAGAACAGGCGACGAGCAGCCAAAAUAUUGCCUCCGGGUUCUUAAACAUCAUCAACCGUAUCGGUGGUGCGCAGACCGUCACCGAAACUGUACGGCAAACCAUCACGGUCGGGGGAGCUGGUGCGGUGGGUGGCUUCACGAAUGCCACGGGGGUAGUGACCGUAACUGUCACAGCGGCGGCAUCCACUGUCACGUUGUGCCCGCCAGGUCAAGCAGGAGGAGCUGUGGAUGUUCAGACGAGUGCCUCAGUGUCAACGGCCCCCGGCGGAGUGGCCGGUUCAACACUUCCCGGCGCUCAUGGUGGUGUGGGUGUCUCGACAAUUCCGGUCCCGGCCGAUGCGAUAAAAACCAGCGCCGUUGGGAGUCAGCCCGCGGUCUCGCGGCCACCCGUCUCUCAACCUGCCGCUUCUCAGCCCGCCGUUUCGGAUCCAGCUGCCUCGCAGCCCACAGCCUCUCAGCCACCCACUUCUUCCGAAGCCGCUACGAGUGCGUCCCUCGCGCCGCUGCCCAGUCAAGGAGAGACAAGCCAGUCUGGGCUGGUGCCACCCCCUGGACCAUCGACGGCUACGUCGGAAUCAACCAUUGCGUCUGAACCCACCGCUACAUCCGAGUCUGCCACGACUAUUUCUGAAACAGCCGCAUCGUCUGCGACGUCCGUUGUUGCGUCGACGUCUCUCGAAACGCAGAGCGGUGCUGCAGAUUCCACGUCACUGCCUAUCGUCGGCGCUCCUGUUUCUGACGGCUCGGCUGCGACGUCAGCAUCUACGCCUACUGCUCUCCCGACCCUGGCCAGCUCCCUCAGCAACACAGUGAUCCUUCCCAGCACUGGCGAUGCUGCCGCGCCGACUCCUGUCUCUAUUCCUGGCGCCUUCGGCGGUAUCGCUGGCAUGAUCCCAAUCUCCUCGGCGGGCACGCCGGCCCCAACGACACCCGCAGUUGCCAACAACGCCGCCAACGCUGGCCCCACGAUCGACCUCUCUAGCUUAACGCUGACGAGCAAGCUCAACCUGGGGAAUCUGGCCCCGACUCCUCCCGCCCGCUUUUAGACUCUGGGCGAGCAAAAGUAACAAAAUAAAAAGGAAGAAAGAGACGAGAUGUGUAUCCAUAUAAAGCUUAUAUACCCUUUCAUUGUUCUCAUGGUUAGAUACCAUAUCGGUUGCUGCUGGCAGCCGUGUUGUUGUUUGUAUUCAGUAUCUUGUUGUCUGUGCGAAGACCGCGAGCUUUUUCUUUCAGUUAAUGCAUAUAUCAUUCCUU